UAGCAGACCCUCAUGAAACUACAUAAACCUUUGUCUGUUGCAAAAACACGCCUGCAAAUUACCAGAGAGAGAGAGAAACUCAAGAGUGAUCUACUGCGGCAGAAGAACAGGGGCAGGAAAAAGAAAGAAUCUUAUGAUGAAGCUGGUUUCGUGUGUUCUCUUCACCCUGGCUGUGCACGCAGCUAUUUCUCAAGAAGCCUCAGAAAGUGACACCUACACGGAAUGUACUGAUGGAUACCAGUGGGACUCUCAGACGCAGCACUGUAAAGAUAUCAACGAGUGUGAGACGAUCCCGGGAGCCUGUAAGGGGGAGAUGAAGUGCUUCAAUCACUACGGGGGCUACCUGUGCCUGCCUCGCUCCGCCUCGGUCAUCGCGAACAACGAGGUGAGCGGCGGGGCGGAGAUCGACUCCCCCAGCCCCCCCCAGACCCCCCCGCAGGGCCCCGAGGGAGAGCUCUACAACCCCUGUCCGCAGGGCUACGAACCCAGCCAGAGAGACACCUGCCUGGACAUCGAUGAGUGCGAGCGAGAUUUGCACGACUGCCAGCCGAGCCAGCAGUGCACGAACACCCCCGGAUCGUUCACCUGUACCUGCCCGGACGGCUACCGCAAGAUCGGCUCCGAGUGCAUCGAUAUUGACGAGUGUCGUUAUAGAUACUGUCAGCACAGCUGUGUGAACUCCCCCGGUUCCUUCGCCUGUCAGUGUGAACCCGGGUUCCAGUUAGCCGGCAACAACCGAUCCUGUGUCGACGUUAAUGAGUGUGACAUGGGCGCCCCCUGCCAGCAGCGCUGUUAUAACACCUAUGGGACCUUCAUCUGUCGCUGUGACCAGGGCUACGAGCUGGGGCAGGAUGGCUUUGCCUGCAAUGAUAUCGAUGAGUGCAGCUACUCGAGCUACCUGUGCCAGUAUCAGUGUCAGAACGUGCCAGGACGUUUCUCCUGCGUCUGCCCGGAAGGUUACCAGCUGCUGGGCACACGGCUGUGCCAAGAUAUCAAUGAGUGUGAGACAGGAACGCACCAAUGCACUGACUCUCAGACCUGCGUCAACAUCCACGGGGCGUACCAGUGUGUGGAGAACGACCGCUGCCAGGAGCCCUACGUCAAGGUCGCUGACAACCGCUGCGUGUGUCCCGUCACCAAGCCAGCCUGUCGGGAGCUUCCCUUCUCCAUCGUCCAUCGAUACAUGAGCAUCACCUCGGACCGGACCGUCCCGUCCGAUAUCUUCCAGAUUCAGGCCACCAGCGUGUAUCCCGGAGCCUACAACACCUUCCGAAUCCGGUCUGGAGAUGAGGAGGGGGAGUUCUACAUCCGGCAAAUUAACAACAUCAGCGCCAUGCUGGUUCUGUCCCGGCCCGUGACUGGACCCAAAGAGUAUGUUCUGGACCUGGAGAUGGUGUCGGUCAAUCCCUUGAUGAGCUACCAGACCAGCUCUGCCCUGCGGCUCUCAGUUUACGUGGGACAGCACUCUUUCUAAACUCCCCUCUCUGCGCCAAGGAACUAGGGAGGGGCGGGAGGGGGCAAACUUCAUAGAGCAAAUCCGCAUCUACACAGAGAGAGAGGGGGGGUCCGGACAAUAAAUUAGGAACACCUGCCAUAGCACUGUCAGCCGGUGGGGUGUAGGUGGCGAGGCUGCGAAGUGGUUAUAAUUGUUCCUGGUCAAACGUCCGGGCGUUUGGAAUACAAAACUGAUAUCGACAUCUUUCGAGUUCUGUAAUAAUAUAUGCAAGCUGUAUCUUCCAAGUGUCAAGAUCAAUAAAUAUAGGAAGCUAAGUCAAGCAGACAGAAGUAGGGUAGUGUCGUCUUCCGCGUAAGCAGACACCUGUCUUUAUUUCAGUAAGCGCCAUCUAAUGGACAGUUAGUGUAUUGCAAGCAAUAAAAAAGGAAAGUUGGUUCCGAAUUGUACAUUGAAGUUGACUUAGUUUCUUGUAGUUUUAGAAAUGCUCAGAGAAAACGUAAUAAGUUUUAAUGACAAGUGUGUCGACUAGAAGUCUUUCUCAGCGUCUUAAAUUGCGUUAAAAGCGAGUUUUGAAAAUCAAAAGCCACACCAAUCAAAAACAGAUUUUUUUUUUUUUGCGUUUUUUAGUAUUAACUUAUUACAGACCAUCUUUAGUUUAAAAAAAAUAAAUUAAAGAAAGAAAAAGAGAAAAAAAAAGCUGGCUGUAUUUAUUUUAACAAUUUAAAAAAAAAAAAUUUAGACUAACUUUUAAUAUUUAGCCUACUGCGUGUUAUACAGAAAAAAAAGUGAAAAAAUGCUAACGAGAUUAUUGGCCUUUGAAAAGCGAUCUCGUCGCUAUUGUGACCCUCCAAACAUCCUGAGAUUUUGUUUUUAUUUACGGUUCAGAAAUACGGACCAUUUGCUGAAUAUAAGCAGAGGCUGAUUUGGUUAAUCAAUAUACUUCUGGUUUUGCCUUCUGUGAGAAAUCGAGUAAAUGUGUGUGUAUGUGUAAUAAUGUUGUCAUUAAUUUACCAAGUUUGUAUGGCCUCAGUAAUGAUGAUUUGUUUGUUUAAAAAAAUAAGACAAAAAACGACAAAUAAAAUUGAAAAAAAAAAAUGAUAUUUU